AUGCGGUGUCCCUGGGUGGAUCUCUUCUACUUACACAUACCUGACCACAGCACUCCUGUGGAGGAGACACUGCAGGCCUGCCACCAGCUGCAUCAGGAGGGCAAGUUUGUGGAGCUUGGUCUGUCCAACUAUGCCUCCUGGGAAGUGGCUGAGAUCUGUACCCUCUGCAAGAAAAAUGGCUGGAUCCUGCCAACUGUGUACCAGAGAAGAGGUAAACAGAUCCCAGCAUAUGCCCUGAUGGGCAUGUACAAUGACACCACCUGGCAGGUGGAGAAGGAGCUCCUCCCCUGCCUCAGACACUUCGGACUGAGGUUCUACGCCUACAACCCUUUGGCUGGUAUGGGCUGCCGUGGGCACAAGCCCUGUGAGUGGGUGGGCAUGCCCGGCCUGACUCUAUGAAUUUCUGUCAUGGUGAAAUCCAAUCCAGGCCCUGGGAGUUCAGGGAGCUUUGAGAAGUGGUGCCUGAGUCCCCUUCUUCCCACGCUCUCUUCUGCUCUCCAGUUCCUAGCCAGGAAUGACCUGGCUGUCUCUGAAAGAAGUCUGGGCCAGGGUCUGACUGCUGCUUUUCCACAGGGGGGCCUGCUGA